AUGGUGAAGACAAAGCAUUAUUUCAUAAUAUUGUUCAUCAGCUUUACUCUAGCAGUUCUUGUUCAUGGACAAAAUCAAACAGGGUUCAUCAGCUUAGAUUGUGGAUUACCAGCAGGUUCAAGCUACAUUGAUUCCAUCACUGGCAUAAACUACACUUCAGAUGAACCAUACAUUCAAACAGGAACAACCCAUAGUUUAUCUCGAUUCAAUUCAAGCAUUCAACAACAGUUUCUUGAAAAUCUUAGAAGUUUCCCACAAGGUGUUCGACAUUGCUACCAGCUGAACCUCACAAAAGGAGAAAAAUAUUUGAUCAGAGCAAGUUUCAUGUAUGGUAACUACGAUGAAAAGGAUGAAAACCCAGAAUUUGAUUUGUAUUUAGGACCUACUCUGUGGGCUUCAAUGGUGUUUGAGAAUUCAACGAGUGUUGUUGUUAAGGAAAUCAUUCAUGUUGUCAAAGCAAGGUAUCUUCAUGUUUGUGUUGUUAAUACUGGGAAAGGGAUACCUUUUAUAUCUGUUUUAGAGUCAAGGCUUUUGAGUAAUUUAACUUAUAACACUGAUUCCGAAACACAAGCUUUGGAGUUUUUCUUAAGGAUAUUUUGGUUUCCUGAAGAUAUUUAUGAUCGUGUAUGGCAACCUUAUAGAAGAAAUGAUUUGGCAACAAUAAAUAGCUCUUCCUCCUUGAUACGUAACAGUCCUUUUGAUCCACCAUUGGUGGCCAUGAUGACUGCUAGCAUACCGAUGAACGGUAGCCAAACUUUGAAUUUUACGGUUCGGGAUUCCGAUCCUGAUGUUGAAUUUUAUUUCUACAUGCACGUUGUGGAACUUGAAGAGCUACAAGCUAACCAGACCAGAGAGUUCAACAUCUAUCUUAAUGAUAAUCUCUGGUAUGGACGUUUUAGUCCCACGUAUUUGCGUGGAAACACGAUCCAAAGCUCACGAUCCGUAAAAGGAGGCCAGUUUUCGAUGGAAAGUACCAGAAGUUCGACUCAUCCGCCCAUCAUAAAUGCCUUUGAGGCUUAUAAGGUGAAGGAACUUGUUGAAUCACAAACGGUUGAAAGAGAGGUUAAUGCGAUGAUGAAUAUAAAAUCGAUGUAUGGAUUGAAGAAAAACUGGGAAGGUGAUCCUUGUGCUCCAAGAACAUAUUCAUGGGAAGGCCUUGAUUGCAGCUACGAGGAUUCAGAUCCGCCUAGGAUCAUAUCUUUGAAUCUGUCCUCUAGUGGUUUAAGUGGAGAGAUAUCGCCGUAUAUCGGGAAUCUCACUCAAUUACAGUAUUUGGACCUAUCGAACAAUAACUUGACAGGAGGAGUGCCUGAGUUUCUAACUCGACUGCAAUUUUUGACUCUGAUAAACUUGCAAGGAAAUGCAUUGAAUGGUUCGGUUCCUGCGGGACUAAUCGAUAGGAUAAACAGACGUUUUCUGCAAUUGAAGAAAUCAAAUUCCGUGCACAUGGGAAUCAUGUACCACAGGGACAAAAACGUCGGAGAACAGUGUAGUGGUUACAAUAGUAGCAUCGGUUGCAUCGGUGCUGUCUAUUGUCAUAAUUGUUUCAGCUCUCUUAUGGUGGUUUAA